AAAUUGUAGCAAUCGGUUGUUAUUGUUUCUCGGCAACAGAUAUCUGUGUAGGCUAACAAGUAGCAAGUAAGGCAUUGUGCAAUCCGAAGAUCUGAGAUACGGAAUAAAUCACAGCGAAGCUCUCGAUACAUUGACAUAAAUGCAAUGGGUGCUGGACCGAGCAACGAGGCCGAAAGGGAACCACUUCUUGUCCCUACACACCCCGAAACGAACACAGAGCCUGUAUUUAGCAGAGUAUAUAGGAGAAGAUGGCUGGUUCUGACUCUGUUUUCGUUGUUGGCGUUUAUGCAAGGGAUGGUAUGGAACACUUGGGGCCCAAUUCAGAUUUCUGCCAUGCACGCGUACGACUUCACGAAAUCUGAUAUUGCACUCUUGGUUCUGUGGGGUCCAGUGGGAUUCGCUCCAUGGCUGCUCUUUAUGUGGCUGAUGGAUAAAAAAGGUCUGCGGGCCUCCCUGCUCCUCUCAGCCUUCUUCAUGCUGCUGGGGGCGGCUCUACGAAGUGUCCCCCUGGGAGACCAGGCACUACGACGAUGGUUAUUGCAUGGGGGACAGUUGCUGAAUGGUUUAGCCGGUCCAACCAUAAUGAGUGCCGGGCCCCUCCUCUCGACUACAUGGUUCGCUCCGGACCAAAGAGCCACUGCCACUGCUGUGGCCUCAUUGGUCAGUUACCUCGGUGCAGCAACGUCAUUCGUGGUCGGCCCACUUUUUGUGCCCACCCCCAACGACACUCUGGUGGUGACCAAAGCCAUGAUUCCCACCGAUAACUUCAUCAGAGACCGCAUCCAGCUGGUUAUGUAUUCAGAGCUUGGUGCCAUCGCGGUGCUCUUCGCCGCAGUACUGCUGUACUUCCCUUCCCGGCCCCCCCUGCCCCCCAGCGUGGCCGCGGCCAGCCAGCGGCUCAGCUACAAGAGCAGCAUCUGCAGACUCCUCAGUAAUGGGCGCUUCCUGAUGAUCGCCCUAGCAUACAGUGUUCCUACUGGGGUGAUCGCAGGCUGGUCAGGAGUCCUGGACAUGAUCCUCACUCCGGCCAGAGUCAACCAGGUGGAUGCUGGUUGGAUUGGGUUCUGGUCCACGCUCGGCGGGUGUGUGUUUGGAGUUGCCGUGGCCAGGUUUGCAGACUCCAUCCGGGGCAUGCUGAAGCUGAUCCUGGUCCUGACGAUGGCUGGAGCCUCCCUGUCCGCCACCUGGUUCACCCUCACCUGCUGGACCAGGCUCACCCACCUGCCCUCCACCGCAGCCACGCUCUACACCUCCUGCAUCCUGGUGGGCAUCUUCAUCAACAGCAGUGUGCCCAUCUUCUUCGAGCUCUUCAUCGAGACUGUGUACCCGGUGCCUGAGGGCAUCACGUGUGGAGUGGUGACCUUCCUCGGCAACCUGGUCACCGGUCUGCUCCUCUUCUUCCUCACGUUCUACUGCACAGAGCUGUCAUGGCUGAACUGGUGCCUCACGGGCUCCUGCGUCUUCAGCCUGCUGCUGAUUCUCUUCUUCAGGGAGUCCUACGACCGCCUCUACCUGGACGUCUUCGUUUCAGUCUGACGUCAACCCAAGAAGAUGUCCCAAUCUUCAAAAACAUUGCACAAAGGAGGUGGUGGAGAAAAAGUGGCAAGAUAGGAAGGCCAGCCUGUCUUUGCUCCAUUAGCUUUUCAUUCUUUAAGUAUCGUGUAGCUAUAUGUGUGUAUGUGACGACAACAAUGGUUAUGCAUUGUACAUUUCAUUGUACGAGAGUCAAGCAGAAGAGCUUAGACCUCGGUCACGUCGAUGUCGACUUCGUGAUUGGAGGGUUGCCGGACUCUCUUUCCUCGUAUUGUGUUGUCUUUUCAUAACGCGAACAACAUUUAUACAGCCGUUGUUUUUGUUUUGUUCGAUCUUGGCAUGAGGGACUGUUGUUUACAAAUGAUCUCGUGAUAACGUCUAAUGUUCUCAUCUGCGUCCCGACGGUGGACGUCCACAGACCCUCUCAGAGGUGUAGCUGCUCUCUCUUUCACGGUUAGGGGUUCAGACGAGCUCUGGACAGCUGAUUCUGGAUCAGCGCAAACCUGGAACCUCCAAACAAGGAAGUAGGCUGCGAUAGUGCUUCGGUAGCCAAUCAGCAGCCCUUUUAGUGCUGUUGAGCGAUAACAAGGGACCUCAUAGCGUUUUUAGUGUCACUAGUAACUAGGUUUGUAAAUAGCAGGUGGGGGCGGCGGGAGGGGGAUAUUACUGUGAAUAGGUGACCUUUAAUAUUGCCUGUCGUUUAAUGGCAUGUGGUCUCCUGCAUUUUUAUCCUCCCUCCCAUCAAAACUGAUUAUGCAAGAACGAUAACUACUCCCCCAGCCUUUAUGUCUUCUUCUCUCCCAUGGGAUUAAACUGAUUGGAUGCCAAGCUGGUGCUUGUCUGUGUCCAGGACUGUUAUUGGAUAAGCCUAGUCAAAUGUGAUCAUCUAACGUCGCCUUGCACAGUUCUCCUCUGUGUGGGGAGUCUCUACGGGCCAGAUCUCAUAGAGCAAAGAGAUUCGCUUUAGUUUUUUUUUUAUUACCAGCUGUCAAAUGAGGGAGUAGCAGACAUUCUCUGGAGUUGUGACGUCUUUUGACGUCUCGGUUUGAAGAGCCAAAACUGACAUUUUAGAUGUUCUCCAAGUGCUCCUCUUUUCUUGUCGCUAUUAUAAUAAGGAUAUUUAUAUUGAGAUGCAGGUGAUGGAACAUUCGGCUUUUCACCGUAUCUAACAUGACGUUUUUCAUCUGGUAGACAUGUCGGUUCUUAAAUAUAUUUAUUGAAGGGAUCAGAAAACGCUAACGCUGCCCACGCUGGGGACAAACACAGAGACUCGGAAGAAGACUGCUGUCGUAUUGGUGCCCUCUAGUACUUUAUGGACAUGGAGUCAGCCAUGGAGAAGACAAAAGGCUAUUCUGCCUGUAAUGCACAUUGUCCACCAGCAGGGAGCGCUGUGCUUAACGCGCAGCCACUUCGAAUGCCAAGCAUGGUGUUGGGAAGAAGCAGUCGAGCGGGGAUUUGGAGAAGGUGGAAUACAGGUGGAACAGCUUAAGAGUGACAAAACGCACACACGCACCCCUGUCACUCGUCUGAGAUUCCUCCAGACUCGACACCAUGAGUGACGUACGUGUUGACUCACUGUCGCUCCAUCGCUCAGCUGUGCCUCAGCACAGGACCGUGGGACACGUGGGAAAUUGUUUUCCUGUGGAAAUACUGUAUAGAAUAUUGUUAUCCUCGUCCCUUUCCUCUGGUUUUAAUUGUGUACCUUGUACAGAGAAGGGUUCUUUUAACUUUGUGACAUGUUGCCUUAAUAACUCUAAUGACCUGAUCAUCAGCCCAGUUUACACUGUGACAAUGUAAUUUCCGUGUGUGUUAGUGUGUUUAAUUCCAAACGGGCCUGUUCUGUGCUCACAUUUGUCUUAUAUGUUUCUAAUCAGUCUUUCUUGGGUUUGGGGGGUAUAUAUACUUGCUCUGUGGAAAGGAAUUUGUCAAGUCAAACAUAAUUUUCAGCACCUUAUUAAAGAUAUAAACAUUU